AUGCGGGAAGUGUAUUGUCGUUCGGCGUGCGCUCGUCUUGCUUCCCAUAGCAGUCAGCUCCGCUAUGCACCUCUUUCCAUCCUGCCCCUCGGCUCCUUCCCACCGAUAUCUUCCAACCCGCAGGUUGCGGCGUCAUCCGCGACAAAGACAGCAGAACCCGUAGAGGAGGAAUCGACCAUGCUGCGUGUGAUUAUAUCGGGGGCUCCGGCAUCGGGAAAAGGCACACAAUGCGAGGAGAUUGUUAAGAAGUACGGCUUGGCGCACAUAUCAACGGGCGACCUGCUGCGGGACGAGGUGGCGUGCGACACGGAGAACGGCAGGCAGGCCAAGGCGUUCAUGGACGCGGGGCAGCUCGUGCCUGACGACCUCGUCAUCAGCAUGGUGCAGGCGCGUCUAUCCCAGCCGGACGCGCGGACCAAGGGGUGGCUGCUGGACGGCUUUCCGCGCUCGCCCGCACAGGCACAGGCGCUCAUGGAUGCUGGGGUAGUGCCAGACGUCUUCCUGCUGCUGCAGGUGCCGGACAGCAUUCUGGUGGAGAGGGUGGUGGGGCGCAGGCUGGACCCGCACACCAACCGCAUCUACCACCUCACCUUCUCCCCUCCCGAGAGCGAGGAGGUUCGAGCGCGGCUCAUCCAGCGGUCUGACGACACGGAGGAGAAGGCGCUAGCGCGGGUGGAGGUAUACAAGAAGCACGUGACGCAUGUGGUGAAUGCAUACAGGGAGAAAUUGGUGGAGGUGAACGGGCAUCGAGGCAAGCACGAGGUGUUUGCUGACAUCAGCAGCGCUCUGGACAAGGCCAGGGCAGACAAGGAGGGGGCACCAGCAGCAGCGGAAGAGGGCACGUGGAGGGGCAUGCCAACGCGGCUGAACGACAUCCCUCACAGCCGGGAGAUUCGGCAGUACUUUUAUGAUGACGCCUGCUCCGCUGCCGUCAACGCCGUCGCAGCCGGGAAACAGCGCAUCAAGAUUUUCUCCCUUCAAUUCCCUCUCGCCCGUCUCAUUAUUUCCAAGCCCUCACCCUCCAUCCCCUCCUCUUGUCGCACCCCUUUUCUGGCCUCUACUUCUCUCAACCCCUCCUUCCCCCGCACCGUUCUCCUCUCCAACCUACUCACCCCACACUCCCUGCACUGCAUCGCACACUGUAGCCCAGUCGAUCACUCACUCUGCCGCUCCCACCCCAUGUGCCACUCACCGCUCCCACCCCAUGUGCCACUCACCGCUCCCACCCCAUGUGCCACUCACCGCUCCCACCCCAUGUGCCACUCACCGCUCCCACCCCAUGUGCCACUCACCGCUCCCACCCCAUGUGCCACUCACCGCUCCCACCCCAUGUGCCACUCACCGCUCCCACCCCAUGUGCCACUCACCGCUCCCACCCCAUGUGCCACUCACCGCUCCCACCCCAUGUGCCACUCAUCGCUCCCACCCCAUGUGCCACUCACCGCUCCCACCCCAUGUGCCACUCACCGCUCUCAUCCCAUGUGCCACUCACCGCUCCCACCCCAUGUGCCACUCACCGCUCCCACCCCAUGUGCCACUCAGCAGAAGAUGUACCACACUGGUCUUGUGACAUAA